CGUGCCUAGCCGUACGCAACGCAGCAAUAGCCAAACGGCAGUCGGACACCUUGAAUGCUCAUGCGAACCUAAUAUAUGGCUCCACUGCGACUGCUGUGGUGUUUGUGCACGAUUCAGGCGAGUUUAAGACCCCACAACGCAGCGCCUCCAGGACCGACGCGUCCAGCAGCGCACGAGUCGUCAUCCAGCCACGAAAAGCGGCUAAAGGAAGACUCGCUUGGCUCAGUGUCGCGCCCUGCAUUCUCAGCUUUCGCUUCUCUGCCGGGACCACCGACCGUCGCCGCGACACCGAAAACUGACCUCUCAAACGCGACCGAACCGUGCAUUCUGACCGGUCUCGUCAACGCGUUCGAAGGCAUCCCCGACGACCUCCUCACAAAAACCGGAGGUAAAGUGCGAGUCGACAUCUGGCCCGUCGACGGCGGCCCGUGCCCGGCGAAGGACGGCGGAGUCAUCAUAGGACCCACUUUGGUUCCAGUGGCCGCGGACCGCGUGCUGCCGUUGCUGCGAGAGACGCAACGGGGCUACCACGCCUACAUCCGCCACCUGGACCUCAACUCCUUCCCGGACGUCGCGGACCGCUUGCCGCUCAAGCGCGCGAAGCGGCUCUGCGGGCCCCGAAUUAAGUCCGCCAACCUAUGGCUCGGCGACGGCCGCGUGCAGUCGGCCGUGCACUGGGACGGCCACGACAACCUGUUGCUGCAGUUGGAAGGGCGGAAACGGGUCCUGCUGCUGCCGCCCGACGCCGUCUCGGUGCUCGGCUUUCGACGGUUCCAGUACCACGCCUGGUGCCUCUCAUCGGACGAACUGGAUACGAUUGGUCGCGGCGGAUCUAUGGCCCCGGCAUUCUCUGAGCACGAGCAUUGCAAGGCGGACGUGGAAAACCACUGCACCUUCGACGCUUUUCGUGCGACGGCGACAUUACCGCCAUCAAUCGAAAGGCGAGCGUACCUCGCGGUCCUGGAACCAGGCCAGGCUUUAUUUGUACCGGCAUUAUGGCACCACGCCGUGGCGAGCGAGCCAGAUCCGGCUUCCGGUUUGAAUUGCGCCGCGAACCUGUGGUUCGUCCUCGGAACUGCUGCCCACGACGCAGCUUUACGAAAGACGCCGGCCUGGCCCGAGGCGUUAUUUUGCCUGGCGGCCGCGAAGCGCUCGCUCGGCGACCCGCGGGCCGCGGUUCAGGCGUACGAACGCGCUCUAAAGCUGCGGCCGGCGAUGACCGACGCCAAGCACAACCUCGCGGCCGCCUUGGCCGAGGCCGGCGACCUCAAGGCCGCCGUGGCCCGGUUCGAAGCGAACGUCGGCGGCGAUGCAGCCGAGGAAGCGCGGCGGCUCUCCGGUUUAGGCGUUGUAUAUAAACGCCAAAAUCGUCUUGAGGACGCCGCCGCCGCCUUCGACGCUAGUCUACAGCUCGUGGAGGACUCGCGGACGAUGGUGUACCGGGGCAACGUCGCGGCGCUGCUGGGCGACCUUCCCGACGCGGAGCGGCGCCUCGCGGCGGCGGCGGCGGCGGCGUUGAAGCCCCGCGACAGGGCCGACGCCCUGAACUCGCGGGGCGUCGUCCUGGAAGCGCUCGAUCGUCCUGGAGACGCUGCGGACUGCUACGACCGCGCGCUCGACGCGGUCCCGGGCCACGCGAAGGCGCGGGCGAACCGCGACGCGCUCCUCUAA